AACAGAGAGGCGGGCUAUAACUCCUUAGCAACGCGCUUGGCUCCCGGGGAGUGGUGGCGGUUGAUUCAACAUGGCGGCGGAGGCAACAAGAAGUGGAACUUCGGGAAUGUUUUGGAUGAAUGGCGUGUCAGAUGAGGAGCAGCCCUUGGUGUUUGUUCCUGGAGUGGAUGGAGAGGGGAUUGCUCAGACCCCGUUCAAGCCGGGACCGGGCGCCACCGGUACGUUCAAUCAAAGGGGCACGAGGAUGCGUGGUGCAGCCAGGCGUAGCUCCAACUGCAAGAAUGAGGCUACACUGAAGAAAGGUGGCAAAAAACUGUGCCACUCGCAGAGCGAUCGCUCUUAUACUAGGGAAAAAGUGUCCGUCUGCCAAAGUGCUGCUGUGUUAACAGAGUCCGCACCUUCCCUGGCUUCUGAUACGUUCCCCCCGCCAUCACAGGUUAUUUGUGAAGCCAGCCGAGCCAGGGUCCCGGUCUGCUUGAAGGACCUCUGUUCUGAAGAUAAGCGCCGAAUUGCAAACCUCAUUGAAGAACUAGCCAGAGUGAGCGAGCAGAAAGAAGAGUCAACGCAGCGUCUGAAAGAUGGACAGGAACAUUUUGAACGCAAAAUCCAACAGCUGGAGCAGCAGAACCAGAUCAUAGCACACGAGAGGGAGAGCCUGCAGCUGCAGUACAGAGAGUGCCAGGAGCUGCUUGGGCUCUAUCAAAAAUACCUCUCUCAGCAACAGGCGAAGCUCAACGAGUCUAUUGCCCAGCUCAGCCAGGCGCCCGCCCACAACAAGGUGCUCAGUAGUGAUGCAACCCCCAGCAGAACAUCUACUGGCCGAGCUAAUGGCUUACUCUUUGAUGGCUCGUACCUCAGCCUUGCCGCCAUCCCAGCACCACAGCCUCAAGUGCACACGAGUGGGGAUGGAGGAAGAGGAGCAGUAGUAGCAGCAGCAGCAGCAGCACAGACAUCCAGCAACCCUGCCUCUCUUACCAGUGCUAGUGAUCUCAGUCCAAACGAUGGGCCGAUCAAAGAGCACAGAAUUCACAAGAAGGACUGCAGGGAGCCACACAUGGAGUCACACUGCUCCAGAUGUGAGCACUGCCACGGCAGUGGUCAAGACAGUAGCUAUGGAACACAGCAACGGAGAAGCGAUUAUAACUCUCGUCUGGAGAAUGGCCACCAUGACACCUCAAAACCACAUGAUUUUGAAAGGCUCCAGAGAGGGACCGCUAUGGGCUCGGAGGCCAACGGGGCCCUUACCAGGCCUAUGCUAGGCCACGAGGACUGGGAGGAGAAGCGGCAUCAGCUGCUGCUGCAGAAGAUGCAGCUGGAGAUGGAGAGGGAGAGGCUGCAGGCCCGGCUGGAGGAGCAGGAGGAGAGGCUCAACAGACAGAAUCAGCAGCUUUGCCAGUCGCGUCUCGAUUACAGCAGGUUUCAACAAGCUUCUCAAGCCGAGCUCAGCCGCUCAAACACUAGGACUGGAGAUUCACAGCUAGACGGUCCUUCCUGCCAAAAUUUACCCUCCAGUGUAUGUGGAAAUGCAGAUGUUCACCCUGCUGAACAGAAGCUGCGUGAAAAGGGCUCACACCCUGCUCCUGCUCCUGUAGAUAAUAGCGUGCAGACAUAUGCAGAGCCCUCAGAGCGGUCCAGAAGGGACAUGGCCACGUCUCCUCCCAAGUCCCCGGUAAGCCUGAGUAAGCCCACAUCAGCAUCUGUGAUCCCCAAGACCCCCGAGGCCAGGCUGGACUUUUCUCUGGUUGAGUUGUUGGAUAUCAUCAGUCCCGUCUCUGCCCCCGAGCACAGCAGGACGUCCGCUCGAAGGACCAACGUGACACAACGUAGGCCGACCCUUGCCACCCCCAAACCAACGGCCAGAACCCUGCUUACCCCUGCUGGGCAUUAUCCUCAAAGUAGCCAGCAGGACCUGGAGGAAAGCCAGAUACUGGAGGACAUUUUCUUCAUUUGCUGACGAACAAGAAAACGUGGAACACGAAAAAGAAAACAGUCCACUCACUUGAUAUUAACCUGUAUGUUCUUAACUUAAAAAAAAUCUUUCAUUAAAUUGACAUUCGACAUCAAAAUGAUCAGGAUGUUGUAGAUUGAGCUUUUUGUUAUAUUGUGAUUAUAAAUAAAAUAAACAAUUAUUUAUUCA